AGCCGUGUCCUGCUCUCGCCAUCUCCAGGGUUCUUUGGCGGCGUGGUCGCGGUCGCCGGCGGAAGAUCAGGUCGGCCUUCACGGCUCCGUCUCUCCUCCCUUCAGCUCCGCCUCUGCUCGGCCCUGCUCGCGCCUCUGCUCGGCCUCCUCUGCCUGGCCACCUCUGCUCGCGAGUCGAUCAGCGGAGAUUCUGCAGCCAUGGCGAGCACUAAGGUUCAGAGGAUUAUGACCCAGCCCAUUAACCUGAUCUUCAGGUUUCUUCAAAGCAAAGCUCGGAUUCAGAUUUGGCUGUUUGAGCAGAAGGAUUUGAGAAUUGAAGGCCGAAUCAUUGGAUUCGAUGAGUACAUGAACUUGGUGUUGGAGGAUGCUGAGGAGGUCAAUGUCAAGAAGAAGAGCAGAAAGUCUCUUGGGAGGAUUCUUCUUUUGAGACUAUUCAAGGACAGGAAGUUUGUGGACAUGAAGAAUGUGUUGACUAGGAUUGCAUCAGAUGAUGUUAGGUUCCCAGUUGCUAGUUGGGUAUCUAUGAACAGUGGAAAAUUAAAUGAAGAUUGUUUUAGGGAGAAGCUGUAUGACAUGCUGUUUAGAGUCUAUGCUGAUGCAAGGAUGUUCGAAGAGGGCCUUGAGGUUUUUGAUUACAUGAUAAGUAACGGGUUGAAGAUUGACGAGAGAUCUUGUAUCGUCUAUCUGCUUGCUUCGAAGAGAUGCGACAGAAUGGAGAUGUGUUCAGUACUAUUCAGAAAGAUGGUUAAUUCUAAUAUGGAGGUUAGUGUUUACUCUUUGACCAUUGUGGUUGAUGGGUUGUGUAGAAGAGGUAGGGUUACAAGGGCUAAAGAAUUAAUGAUUGAGAUGGCUGGGGUGAAAGGAAUUAAGCCGAAUGUCAUUACCUACAAUACCAUUUUGAAUGGAUAUGUGAAAAUAAGGGAUUCUGCCGGCGUUGAAGAGAUCUUGAGAUUGAUGGAGACGGAUGAAGUUGCUUAUAAUGCCGCUACAUAUACCAUGUUGAUUCAUUUCUUUGGUGACAGCGGUAAGGCGGAGAAAGCUGAGAGGUUGUUCAAAGACAUGAAUGAAAGAAAUGUCGAAGUGGAUAUUCAUGUGUAUACGUCGAUUAUCAGCUGUAAUUGUAAAGUUGGGAACCUGAAAAGGGCUUUUGCUUUGUUUGAUGAGCUCAGCGAGAGAGGUCUUGCUCCCAGUACUCACACAUAUGGGGCCUUGAUUGAUGGUGUCUGCAAGGCUGGCCAGAUGGAGGCAGCUAAGAUCUUGCUAUCCAGAAUGCAAAGCCAAGGGUUAGACAUGAAUCUGCUGAUCUUCAACACUCUUAUUGAUGGUUAUUGUAAAGCAGGUAUGAUAGAUGAGGCUUUAAGAGUAAAGGGUACAAUGGAAAAGAACGGAUUCAAGGCGGAUAACUAUACACAUAACAUUAUUGCUAGUGGCCUGUGUAAAUUGAACAAGCUUGAUGAUGCGAAGAACUGGUUGUUUGCAAUGAUCGAAAGAGGUGAAAUACCAAAUUCAGUGAAUUUCACCACUCUGAUCAACAUCUACUGCAAAGAGAGGAAUAUCCUGGAAGCGAAGAAGCUGUUCAAGGAGAUGAAGAAGAAAUCAGUGAAACCCACUCUUGUUACUUACAAUGCUCUGAUUGACGGAUGCUGUAAGGAAGGCAAGAUCCAUGAAGCUUACAAGCUAAAAGAAGAAAUGGUGGCUGUGGGAUUUUUACCAGACAUAUACACAUAUACCUCGCUCAUACACGGGGAAUGUAUUUCCGGAGACGUGGAUAAAGCACUGCAACUGUUGAGUGAAGCUCGUGAAAGUGGUUUGACGAUCAAUAUGGUCACUUACACUGCAAUUGUUUCGGGCCUGUCCAGGGAGGGCCGUUCUGAAGAAGCUUUUAAAUUGUACGACGAGGCUAUGGAGACAGGAAUGACUCCUGACAAAAGAUUGUACGCAUCACUUGUUGGCAGCCUUCACCAAGUUCCGAACUCUUAAAGCAUUUGAAAGGAAUGUAAAUGCGCUGCGUUAAUCGACGUCACAACCAUUCUCUUACUGAAGUAUAAUCGUAACGGUGAGUGAUGUUGAACUCAACAUUAAGAAAGCAAAGAUGGCUGCUUCAACGGAAGAUGGGGGGAGAUAAACCCACAUUGGCAAGCCUGCAAAAAUGGAAGCAUGCAGUCUCCAAUUGACCUUAUAGACACAAGGGUCCAAGUCCUUUCACAUCUGGGAAGGCUCAACAGAGACUACAAACCAGCUCCUGCCACUGUCAAAAAUAAAGGCCAUGAUAUUACUGUGAGGUGGAAAGGAGAUGCUGGGGAGAUCAAGAUCAAUGGUACAAAAUAUAAGCUGCUGCAGUUUCAUUGGCAUUCCCCCUCUGAGCACACUAUCAAUGGUUCAAGGUACGAGCUGGAGCUGCACUUGGUGCACAAAUGCUCUCAAGGGAAUUUGGCAGUGGUUGCAAUAGUCUACAAAUAUGGCCGCCCUGAUCGAAUGCUCACCAAGUUGUUCCACCACAUAAGGUCAGUGGAUCCAAAUCAUGACAAGGAAUUGGGGAUAGUAAAUCCAGGGGAUAUAAAGUUUGGGAGGAGCAGGAAGUACUACAGGUGAGGACAGUGUCAAGGGAACAAGUUAGAGCCCUGAGGGAAGCCGUCCAUGAUGGAUUUAAGAGAAAUGCAAGACCGACUCAGCCAUUAGAUGGAAGACCAGUGUAUGAGUACAGUCCAUGAAACAUAAAACAAAGUAAGGAGAAGAAGCAAGGAGAAUCAAUGAAGUGAUUAGGAAAAAAAGUUGGGUUGAAAGUGGCUAUCCCAACCUUGUUUUGCUUCUUUCUUGACAUCUCUUCUUAAUGAUAAGGAAAAGAAAUACACUUGUUUUCUUUUCCACCGAAUAAAAGAGGUUAAAGAUAAAUAAGAAGAUAGUGUUCAUGUGGCAGAUACCUCCACCCCGGCUAUCUUCAUAUGAAACUUCAAAUAUCUAGCAGCAACUAAAACCAAAACACUCAGUACACCAACUUUAGUCAAAUUUGUAAGAGAACUGAAAGGUCCCUUCAUUUUCCCAAUGCUGUUGUCAACAACAGCCGCAGCUGAUCCAGUCCCGCCCAGAGGUGAUGACAUGCUCUGCUGCAUCUUCAUGAACGAUGAAUACUCCUCUAUAUCAGCUCUUGUCAGAGCUGGUUUUAAGGAACUCAGCGCCGUCUGAAAAUGAUGGUUGCAGACAACAGCAGUGGAUAUACU